AAAAACUUGAGAUAUGUAAACUAAGUUAGCAAAGAAAUAUAUAUAAAGAUUUUCUAUUGACUUUGAAGCUGCAUUGCAUGGGCAACUACACUAUUAUGUGUGAAAGCUGGUUUUGGUUUUAGAGCUGUAUGUCAGAAUAAUAAGUGAAGAAAACACACUCAUUAUUUGUUACCAUCUCCAUUUCCAACCGGUUCACAGUUGAAGCAUCUACAAUGUCAGCAUUGCCAUUAAUACUGUAUUUCUCCCUCGCCACCACCACUUUUCUGCUUCCCUUUCCAUUUUCACUUGGUGAGGAAUCUCCUUCUCCGCCUUUCUACGACGCGUUCCAGCCAUCUCCGGAUAUGUCUCUUGCGCCCAAUAACUUGGAUGAGCAAGAUUUAGACUCAACUCUUGUGUUGGCUCCAAGGAGAACUUACAGAAAAGACCCUCUUAACCAUUUUCAAAUGUACACUGCUGGCUGGAACAUCACUAAUCGCCAUUACUGGGCUUCUGUGAGUUACACUGCUGCUCCUUUUUUUGCUAUUGCUGCAAUCUGGUUCGUUGCCUUUGGGAUAUGCGCAUCUCUCGUAUGUGUCUGCUACUUUUGCCGUCCAAGGAAUCCCUAUGGCUAUUCUUCAAUUGCUUAUGCACUCUCUCUCAUCUUCCUCCUACUGCUUUCCAUUGCCGCAGUAAUUGGAUGCGUUGUGUUGUACACGGGGCAUGAGAAAUUCUACAGCAGCACCAUAGACACUUUACAGUAUGUGGUGAGUCAAGCAGAUGGCACAUCUGAUACUCUAAGGAAUGUGUCCCAACAUCUUGUUGCUGCCAAGCAAACCAAUGUUGUUCAAGUUUCUCUGCCUCCUACUGUCCAAACAGACAUCGAUCAUCUUCAGACCAUGAUCGACACCUCAGCCACAACGCUAACCACUACAACUGAACAAAACUCACGAGACAUCAAGAAACUAGUAGAUUCAGUGAGACUGGCUCUUAUUCUAAUCACAGCUGUUAUGCUGCUUCUCACACUCGCUGGAUUUGCAUUUUCAAUGCUAGGGAUGACAGUUCCUGUAUACAUAGCGGUGAUAGCAGGAUGGAUUCUUGUGACUGCAACUUUCAUUCUCUCUGGCACUUUCCUAAUUGUCCACAAUGUAACAGGAGACAGUUGCAGAGCUAUGAAUCAGUGGAUCCAAAAUCCGAAUGCUCACACAGCACUAGACGACAUCCUGCCCUGUGUCGAUCAUGACACUGCCCAACAAAGCUUAACUAAAAGCAAGGAAAUAACGUCUCAAUUAGUGGACUUGAUCAACACUGUCAUAACCAAUGUCUCCAAUAUCAACUUUGCCUCCAACUUCGUGCAGCUGUACUACAACCAAUCCGGCCCUCUUCUCCCAACCCUCUGCAAUCCCUUCCAUCCCGACCUCUCUGAACGCCCUUGCUCUCCUGGUGAAGUCGAUCUCCACAAUGCCACUGAGGUGUGGAGUGGCUACGUCUGUCGUGCAUCGCCCAGUGGUAUCUGUCUUACGACAGGACGCUUGAGUCCAAACCUCUACUCUCAGUUUUCUGCAACUGCGGAUGUGUGCUGCGGUUUGUACCAGUACAGUCCCUUCCUCAUCCAACUCGAAGAUUGCAGUUAUGCAAGGCAGACAUUCAUGGACGUAGAGACCAACUACUGUCCAGGGCUCCAGAAAUACAGCCAACGGGUGUAUGUUGGGCUGGUGAUGGUGGCCACUGCAGUGAUGCUGUCGCUAGUUUUUUGGGUGAUAUAUGGAAGAGAGAGGCGCCACCGUUGCCAACCCAGGGGCGCAGGCACCAAAGGGGAUAACCAAAGAGGUUUUGUGUAUGCCAAAGAUGAUGAUGGUGAUGAGCACAAAUAACGAUCAACAAAAUGUCUCACUUGAAGAUUAUUAUUCAUAUGUUGUUCAACCUCUCUACUCUUUUAUUUUUCUUUUUUUUUUGUUAAGAUGAGAAACUUGUAGUCGUUAUUUGUGAUGGAUUUUAAUUAGUACAAAAAACCUCUGUGAUCGCCCAA